AUGUCGUCAAUGGGUGGCAUGUCGAUGGGGUCCAUGUCCAUCGGCAACGGCGUACCUAGCAUGUUUGCCCUGCAGCAAACAUACUGGGCAGUCGUCGGCAGUGUAAUCGGUGUUGCAACAAUCGUGAAUUUAGUCAAUCGGCUCCUUUAUCAAAACAGACUACGGGACCCGUCUUCCACACCAGCUAAGCCAAAGUCGGUCUUUCUAAGGGCCUAUGCCACAGCCACCGCGACAUUCCGGGAGAUUAGCUAUGUCGGUUUUUCUCCAGUUCCACUGGGGCCACUCACCAUUCACUUUCCACCACUGGGACCGAUAUUGAUCAUUCUCGCCAACCUGGUGACUGUUCUAGUCCUCUGCUUCUACGGCCUAGACACUUCAGAUGUCUGGGAAUGGGAAAAUGUCGGCUACCGAACAGGUUUCAUCUCCAUAUGCCAGCUCCCGUUGAUAUUUCUCUUGGCCGGGCGUCGCAACAUCAUCGGCUACUUGGUAGACAUGAGCUAUGCCCGCUUGAACUGGUUCCAUCGGUGGGCGGCUCGGACAUUAUGGCUGACCUCGACGAUUCACAUGGGCUUUUGGUUUCACGACUGGGGCCGAUACGACUAUAUCGCUUAUCAACUUACACAUGAUCCACUGACAAAACGCGGCUUUGCUGCCUGGUGCAUCCUUACCUUCAUUGUUAUCUCCUCGUCAGCUCCGGUCCGAAAGCUAAGCUACGAGAUCUUUCUUCUGCAACAUCUGGUCAGUUUCGUCGGCUUCAUUGUUGCGAUAUGGAUGCAUGCACCCACUGAAGUCAAAAUCUGGGUCUGGAUUCCCAUCGCACUGGCUGUCUUUGAUCGCGUUGUACGGUAUGCGUGGGGCGCGUACGCCAAUAUCGGGAUUUUUCACGGCAAGAUAUCUAGGUUCUCGCUCUUCCCUCACUACGCGACUCUUACCCCGUUUCCUGGCAACGUGACACGGGUCACUCUUAACAAUCCCGGGAUUGUAUGGAAGCCUGGUCAACACAUAUUGUUAACAUGUCACCGUAUUGCCCUAUUUCAGAGUCAUCCGUUUACCAUUGCGUCUCUGCCUGAGGAUGGGAGAAUGGAUUUCUUUAUCCGCAGACGAGGUGGAGGAACUAGAGGAUUUGAAGCCAUUGCUAAGAAAGGGAGAUCAAUUGAAGCGGAUCAUGAUGUCCGAUGUGGCCCUAUGUUUAUAGAAGGUCCCUACGGCACCCAUAGGCCUCUGCGACAAUUUAACAGCGUGGUACUCUUCGCGGGCGGGAUGGGUGCAACGUUUGUGGUACCUUUACUUCGCGACAUUGUUUCAGCAUGGAAAAGUGAGCAAGGCGAGGAGUACCACACACCAGGAAAUCGACUCUCCGCGACUGAUCGUAUUCGGUUCAUUUGGGCCGUGAAGUCUCGCCCAGAGAUGGGGAUAUUUGAGUCUCAGAUUCGCACUGUGUUAACUGAUUUCAACGAAUGUCGACGCCUGAACCCCGAAUUCAAUAAAGAGAUUGAGAUGAGCAUCCAUGUGACGCGUGACAAAAAUUCUCACAUCGCCCCAUCACCACACGACGACCCCAGACAUGAAAACUCCCAAACACAUAUUGAAUUGUUCGAUCUAACGACACAUUCCCAAAAUGAUUCAGUCAAAACCAUGAGUCCGGAAAAGGAGAGAGAACCAGACUGCGAGGAACACGACUGCGAACGGCCAACAGUAAUACAGCAAGAAGAACAUCCAAACACAGGCAAUCGCUCCAUCUCAGCGCCCGAACAGGAACAUAUUGGCUCGGACUCUGGUCAUUCCGCAGCAGAAUCAACACAACUACUCCUAUCAAAUACAAACACAAGUCCUACUAUUCAUUUUGGACGUCCUUCCUCACACAUGAUCAUCCGGAAAUCACUUGAGAGGGCCGAAGGUGAAAGUGCCGUGAUAGUCUGUGGACCUCCUGGUUUAGCCGAUGAUGUUCGGCUGAGUGUUGUUGCUCUAAGUGACGAGCGCGCCGUACAUAAAGGGACAGGCGCGCAAGGCAUUUAUCUGCACGUGGAGAACUUCGAGAUUUGA